CCAGUCAGUAAUUGAUUAUCUCCCAUAUGUAGAAGUCUUCAAACAUGGCUGCAAUGAAAUUAUUUUCAGUUUGUCGAUCUGCUCAAAAUGUAAUCAGGAGAAGUUUGCAUCCAACUAAUGUAUUAAUCAACCAGUCAAGAGCUAUCUCACCAGGAUAUAAGGAUGUAAGUGAGAAAAUACCAACUCCUGAUGAUGACAUGUCAGAAAUCAGUAGUUAUAACCUAAGGGAAUUCUUUAUGUCAGAUCUGAUAGGUGGACUGAGCUUAGCAGUAUCUGGUGUUCUUCGGGAACCAGCGACUAUAAAUUAUCCUUUUGAAAAAGGGCCAUUAAGUCCAAGAUUCAGAGGUGAACAUGCUUUAAGAAGAUAUCCUUCAGGAGAAGAGAGAUGUAUUGCCUGCAAAUUAUGUGAAGCUAUAUGUCCUGCACAGGCAAUAACAAUUGAAGCAGAGCCAAGAGCAGAUGGCAGCAGGCGUACAACACGAUAUGACAUUGAUAUGACCAAAUGUAUUUACUGUGGUUUUUGUCAAGAAGCAUGUCCAGUUGAUGCUAUUGUUGAGGGUCCUAACUUUGAAUACUCAACAGAAACAAGGGAAGAACUACUGUACAACAAAGAAAAACUGCUUGAGAAUGGUGACAAGUGGGAGGCAGAAAUAGCUUCUAAUCUGCAGGCAGAUCAUCUGUAUAGAUAAAAAAUGGACUGUAAAUCCACUGUAGAUCUAACAUCCUGACAGGUGUUUUGAAUUGCCUCAAUAUGCUCUGAUAUUGUGAUAAAAAUUGUAUUUAUGAACUGACAAUAAAUUGUUAUAUGAGUUAAA